AUGUACUCCAAUGACUUGAAAAGAAAAGAACCUCAAAACCACUAUUGCCUAAGGAUAUCAGAAAAGAAAGAAAGGAGAAGAUCAUGCCAAGGAGCUAUUCCUCAUUCUCCCUUAAAGGAUCCCUUCCCUGUUCCACAUGAGUGGUACCAGCCGGGAGAUCUUCUGAUAGGUGGGAUUUCAUCACAGAUCUUUUACCAUUUUCAGGAGCUGCACUUUGAUGAACAUCCUACUGAGAAGUUGUUGGAUGAGCCAUAUAUGGUGACAAAAUUCUACCAGCAGAUCCUGGCCUUGGCAUUUGCUACCCAUGAGAUCAAUGGAAAUCCCAAGAUCUUGCCUAAUGUCACUCUCGGCUUCCACAUCUGUGAUAGCUACCAUGAUAUAAGGAUGACCUAUCGCACUAUUCUGAAUCUGCUCCAUAAAGGUCAUAGAUAUUUUUCAAAUUAUGAAUGUGGCACUCAUAAAAACCUAGCAGCCGUCAUUGGGGGAUAUAGCUCUGACAUCUCCUUUGGCAUGUCAGACAUUUUAAGUCUUCACAAGAUUCCACAGCUCACAUAUGGAUCAUUUGCUCCAGAGAACAAGGAGACAAAACAAUCACUUUCUUUUUACCGCAUGGUCCCAAACGAAACCCAUAUGUACACGGGGAUUAUCCGGUUACUUAACCAUUUCAAAUGGACAUGGGUCGGGCUCUUUGCUGCAAAUGACAACAGUGGAGAACAUUUUGUGCAAGCCAUGGAGAAUUUGCUUUCCCAGCAUGGAAUCUGUUUGGAUCGCAUACAGACAAUCCCAAGCAAAGACCAUUGGGAUGACAUGGAUCCCAUAAUUUAUUUAUUUUUAAAUAUAUGUUUAUCUUUGACAGGUAGCAAAGCCAAUACUUUUAUCUUCUAUGGAGACACAAUGGUCCUAACAAUAUUUCUUACCGUUUUGUUUAUAGGCAAUCCCAGUAACAGGGAAAAUGCAUCACUAAGAAAAGUGUGGAUUACGACAGUCCAGAUGGAUUUUGCUCUAACAGGCCUUCACAGAGCCUGGGAUUUCCAGUUCUUCCAUGGGACCAUUUCUUUCACAAUUCACUCAAAUGAGCCUCAUCACUUCCAGAACUUUCUUCAAGAGAUCAAACCUUAUCAGAGACAAGGAAAUGAUUUUCUCAAGGUAUUCUGGGAGCAAGCUUUUGACUGCUACUAUCCAAAUGCCCAGGAACCAAUGGACAUCAGUCAAACCUGUACUGGGGAGGAGAGACUGGAGAGCCUUCCUGGGCCUCUUUUUGAAAUGAGCAUGACAGGUCAAAGCUACAGCAUCUACAAUGCAGCCUAUGCCAUAGCGCAUGCUAUUCAUUCCAUGUACUCAUCCAGAUCCAAUCACGGGGGAAUGAUCAAUGUUCAAAUAGCAGAACUUCAAGCUCUCCAACCUUGGCAGAUCCAUUUCUUUCUACAAAGUGUUACAUUCAACAAUUCAGCUGGAGAAAGAUUGUCCUUUAAUGAUCAAAGGGAAACGGGAGGUGGAUUUGAUUUAAUGAACCUGGUCACCUUCCCAAACAAAUCUUUCUACAAGAUGAAGAUUGGAAGGGUAGAUCCUAAAGGUUCCAAAGCACAGGAAUUCAUCAUUCAUGAGGAUAUGAUUGUGUGGCAGAUGAGUUUUAACCAGGGGACACCCCAUUCUGUGUGUAAUGAUUACUGCUAUCCUGGCAGUCAGAAGAAAAGGAAAGAAGGGGAGAAGUUUUGCUGCUAUGAUUGUGCUCCAUGCCCAGAAGGGAAGAUCUCAAGCCAAAGGGACAUGGAUGACUGCAUCCAAUGCCCAAGAGACCAAUAUCCAAGCAAAUAUAAAGAUCAAUGUAUUCCUAAGGCAAUAAGCUUCCUUUCUUUUGAAGAACCUUUAGGGAUCAGUUUGGCUUUGAUUGCUGCUUCUUUUUCCCUCCUAACAGCUUUGGUAUUGGCAACUUUCAUUAAACACAAAGAUACCCCAAUAGUCAAAGCCAACAACAGGGAUAUCACCUAUGUUCUCCUCCUCUCUCUCCUGUUGUGUUUUCUCUGUGCUUUGCUGUUCAUAGGACAACCUAGGAAGGUCACCUGCUUUCUCCGCCAAUCAGCUUUUGGCCUGAUCUUCUCAGUGGCUGUGUCUUGUGUGCUGGCCAAAACCAUUACUGUGGUGGUAGCUUUCAUGGCCACCAGACCAGGAGCCAGCAUAAGGAAGUGGGUGGGGAAAAGAACAACCAACUUCAUUGUCUUCUCCUGCUCCCUUAUCCAAGCUGUCUUCUGCACCAUAUGGCUAGCAACAUCUCCCCCAUUCCCAGAUCUUCACACGCAACCACUAACUACAGAAAUAAUAGUAGAAUGUAAUGAAGGUUCUGUCAUCAUGUUCUACAUUGUCCUGGGCUACAUGGGACUUCUUUCACUCAUCAGCUUGAUUGUGGCUUCCUUCACCAGGAAGUUGCCAGACAGUUUUAAUGAAGCCAAAUUUAUCACUUUCAGUAUGCUGGUCUUUUGCAGUGUCUGGUUGUCUUUUGUUCCAACCUACCUGAGCACCAAAGGGAAAUACAUGGUAGCUGUGGAGAUCUUCUCCAUCUUGUCCUCCAGUGCUGGGUUACUGGGCUUUAUCUUUUUCUCCAAGUUGUACAUCAUUGUACUAAAGCCUGAGCUGAACAGGAAAGAAGAAAUAAUAAGGAGAAAGAACUACAGGUGUUAA